GGCAACCGUCGUGCCGCGUCUUCCUGAGGGAGCUCCUGUCAGCUCCAGGAUCCCACCGCCCGCUCCCCACUGCCCCGAGGUUUUUGGGUGGGCUCGGAGUCUGAGGGACAACAAAAAUGGCGGAGCGGAGCCAGACAGCGCCUGAGGCAGGCAAUGAUACGGGAAAUGAUGAUGCCAUCGGAGGAAAUGUGAGCAAAUAUAUGGUGCUUCCAACUGGAUACUGUGGACAACCCAAGAAAGGACAUCUUAUUUUUGAUGCUUGCUUUGAAAGUGGUAACCUUGGCAGGGUGGAGCAGGUCUCCGAGUUCGAGUAUGAUCUGUUCAUUAGGCCAGAUACCUGUAAUCCGCGCUUCCGAGUCUGGUUCAACUUUACUGUUGAAAAUGUGAAAGAAUCACAGGUGAGAGAAGUAGUGGAAAAUUUCAAUGUGUUUUUGAGGGUCAUUUUCAACAUUGUUAACUUCAGUAAAACCAAGAGUCUUUAUAGAGAUGGAAUGGCCCCUAUGGUGAAAUCUACCAGCAGACCAAAAUGGCAAAGGCUGCCACCUAAAAAUGUUUAUUACUAUCGAUGUCCAGACCAUAAAAAGAAUUAUGUGAUGUCCUUCGCAUUCUGUUUUGACCGAGAAGAAGAUAUUUACCAGUUUGCUUACUGCUACCCAUAUACAUACACGCGCUUCCAGCAUUACCUCGAUAGCCUGCAAAAAAGAAACAUGGAUUACUUCUUUCGGGAGCAGCUGGGCCAGAGCGUGCAACAGCGGCAGCUUGACCUCUUGACAAUAACCAGCCCCGACAAUCUCCGGGAAGGGGCAGAGCAGAAGGUGGUAUUCAUCACAGGACGAGUYCACCCGGGGGAAACACCCUCUUCAUUUGUGUGCCAAGGGAUCAUCGACUUCCUCGUCAGCCAGCACCCUAUCGCCCGUGUCCUGCGAGAACACCUGGUCUUCAAGAUUGCACCGAUGCUCAACCCUGAUGGAGUCUACCUGGGCAAUUACAGGUGCUCUCUGAUGGGGUUUGACCUGAACCGACACUGGCUAGAUCCUUCUCCAUGGGCCCACCCGACCCUGCAUGGAGUGAAGCAGCUCAUCAUCCAGAUGUACAACGACCCAAAAACAAGCCUGGAGUUCUACAUUGACAUCCACGCCCACUCCACCAUGAUGAAUGGCUUCAUGUAUGGCAAUAUCUUUGAGGAUGAAGAGAGGUUCCAGAGGCAGGCCAUUUUCCCCAAGCUGCUCUGCCAGAAUGCAGAGGACUUCUCCUAUUCUAGCACAUCAUUCAACCAGGAUGCCGUGAAGGCAGGAACCGGCCGGCGCUUCCUGGGUGGUCUCCUGGACCACACUUCCUACUGCUACACCCUAGAGGUCUCCUUCUACAGCUACAUCGUCGGGGGAACCACGGCUGCUGUGCCCUACACCGAAGAAGCCUAUAUGAAGCUGGGGAGGAACGUGGCAAGAACGUUUCUGGAUUAUUACCGGCUGAACCCUCUGGUGGAGAAGAUGGCAGUUCCCGUGCCCAGGCUGCGGAAAGAAAAGCCCCCUCCCUACAAGCACCCAUUCGUGCGGGGCUCGGCCAGCAACUACCCCAACGGCAAAGGGGACAAGAAGAGCUCAGUGAACCACAAAGACCCUUCAAACCCCUUUUAAAGACUGGAGGCCCCCGAGGUUUUGUGGGGGCAGGAGCGUGAAUUUCCUGCUGGGGCACUCUUCUCUGGUUUUCAAGACAAGGAUUUAUGGGAUAAAGCAUAGGCUAGAGAAAGAGAAGGGAAAAAAGAGAAAUUUCAUCAUUGAUUUUUCCCUUCUGCCAGUGGGAAAUCGUUUGUGAGCCUUCAGCUCAAGGCUGAACAAAAUAGGAAACUGGGACCAGACAAACACAGAUGCUAUUUUCCACAACACAGAGAUCCUCACAGGAUGAGGAAAAACCUAUACAUCCCUCUUAAGAGGUUUGACACAUCUCAGGUCAGUUCUUUGGAAGCCCCUUUACCUUUUAAAGUCAUGUAGUUACUAUAGAUGGCUUGCUUUUAAAAUAGGUCACAGGAGUUUACAGCUUUAGAAAAGUAGUGCCCGUAUUUUCUGAU